CCUCAUCCUCGUCCUCUUUACUCAUCCCUCAUUGCCAACCUCAUUCCCAUCCUGCUCACCAUGCUCGUACAACAACAACAACAACAACAUACUGCGUCCAUCGUGGGCGCCGGCCCGGCCGGGUUUGCGCUCGCCGCCGGCCUGCAGAGCCAGGGGACGAGCGUGCUGGUGUAUUCGCACCCAACCCACGUGCGGCACGCCAACCAAGUCAGACGGAACGGCCUCCUGAGAGCCAGCGGGCUCAUGGAAGGGUCGACCCGUGUCCGCGUCACCACCGACAUGGCCGAGGCCGUGGCCUUCUCGCGCAUCAUGUUCCUCACCGUCCCGUCGACGGGGCAGGAGACGGUGCUGGAGGAGCUCCGCAAGUUCUCGCUGCGGCAGCACGCCAUCGUCGCCGUGCCGGGGAACCUGUUCUCGCUCAUCGCCGCCGACCUGCACGCGGGCUGCAUCCUCGAGACCAACCUGUCGCCGUACUCGUGCCGGAUGGAGGGGGACGGCGAGCUGCGGGUGCUGGGAAAGAAGGAGCUCGUCUUCAUCGCCGCGCUGCAGCCGGCGGAGGGGGAGGAGGAGGAGGACGACGUCGUCGUCGUUCGCCGGGCCCUAUGCGGGGAGGUGGCGCGCAUCCUGUCCCCGACGCGGCUCAAGUGGUGCAGCAGUGUGGUCGAGGUCAGCCUGGCCAACGUCAACGGGGUCUUCCACCCGCUCAUGAUGCUGAUGAACGCGGGCCGGAUCGAGAGCACGGGGGGCGACUUUAUGCUCUACGCCGACGGCCUGACCCCGUCAGUCGCCAACGCCAUGGCCGCCGUCGACCGGGUGCGCAUUCAGAUCGGCGAGGCGCUCGGGCUGCGGCUGGACGGCGCCGUCGCCGUGUCCAACGAGUGCUACGGCCAGGGCUUCUCCAACUUUGUCGACCUCGGCCGCCACUCGCCGCCGCACAACCGGCUCCGGGCGCCCCCGACGCUCGAGAACCGCAACCUGACCGAGGACGUGCCGGACCUGCUGGUCUCGUGGUGCAGCCUGGCCGAGAAGCUCGGCAUCGACGCCUCCCCGAUCCGCGCCGUCAUCACGCUCGCGCAGAUGGCCACGGGCGUCGACUACCUCGCGACCGGCAGGAACCUGCGGCGGCUCGGGCUGGAACACGCCACGCGGGCGGAGCUGAUUGCGAGGUUCGGAGGCUGUGAUUCGAGUGCAGAUCGACAAAAGAGGGCGGUUUGA